UGAGUAGCUGAAUUGCCCAAUUUCAACGGAAGAGCUGGCUGGCGGAAGUUCUCACCGUUUCCAUAGUGACGUUGCUUGGUCCGCAGUCUGCGGGACUCAGGCACCAGUAGCAGCUAGAACCCUGGACCCGAGGUAACGGCUGCUGGGGUAUUUGUACCACCAGUUAUAGGAGGCAGCAAUGGAGGAGGCACAUGCAGAGGGGCUGCAGACACGGUUAGUACAGAACCAGCCAUACGACGAAAGCCUCGAGAUCAACGACUCUGAGGAGGUGGGUAGUGUUCACUCUCCAACUCCAAGGAAACCAGUUCCUUCCAAACUUACAUCUCAUAGAGUGAAAAGCAUGACAGACCCAAACAUCAGCAGCGAGGACGAUGAAAGUACCACGAAAAAGAAAAUUCCUGGUGCACCCCAAGAGUUUAGUGAGGAUGAGGAUACAGAGGACUCGGAAGAAGAUGAUGACGACGACGAUGAGGAAGAUGAUGAUGAUGAUGAGGACAAUGGCACUACAAAUGUGGGUUACGACCCGGCUGACUUCGAGCACCUUCCUGUGACACCGGACAUUAAAGAGCUGUUCCAGUACAUUACCAGAUAUACCCCACAUGCCACAGAUUUAGACCACAAGUUGAAACCUUUCAUCCCGGACUUUAUUCCUGCUGUUGGAGAUAUUGAUGCAUUUUUAAAGGUUCCACGACCUGAUGGCAAAUCAGAUAAUCUUGGCCUUCUAACCCUUGACGAACCAUCCACAAAGCAAUCUGACCCUACAGUUAUGGCACUCUGGCUUUCAGAAAAUUCUAAGCAGCAUGGUGUUUCGCAGCAACAAAUAAAAGUGAAGAGCCUGGAGAAUGCAGAGACGAAUCAUAAAGCCAUCGAUACUUGGAUAGAAAGUAUCAGUGAAUUACAUCGUUCCAAACCUCCGGCCACCGUUCACUAUACUCGAUUCAUGCCUGAGGUUGAAACCCUGAUGCAGGAGUGGCCACCAGAAUUUGAGGAACUGCUUGGAAAGGUUGGUCUGCCAACAGCUGAGCUGGACUGUGACUUACCCACCUAUAUUGAUGUAAUAUGUGGUAUCCUGGAUAUUCCUGUUCACAAGAGCCGCAUCCAAUCCUUACACGUUCUGUUCUCCCUCUUCUCAGAGUUUAAAAACUCUCAGCACUUCAAAGCUUUGGCAGAGGGAAAGAAGAACAGACUCUCCUCUGGAAAGACCAGCACCCCGAGCGGGGAUGCAGAAGGCGCCCAUUACAACUGACAGAACUCCACUUAUUCAGCAUCUCUGCUCCCUCUCACACCAGACUAUAUUGGACUCUCUACACCUUGUGCACAGUGUAUAUUGCUGCAAUGUUUUAGUUAUUGCUGCAGAAAACAAUGACCUCCAGGUGCUGAAGACUUUGGUAUGGGUUAGUGGAUACCAUUAGAAAGAAGAGGAAGAUUGAUGUAAAAUGUAUCUGUAAAUGAACUUUCCUCUUUUUUGGUUUGGAGCUUGCACUUCAUGCAUAAUGCUGUAAAUAUGCAUAUAUAUAUUUCUAAUAUCAUUUAUAUUCACCACUCAGUAUACAUUACAGUAUAUUUAGAAUUAGAUUAUCUACAUCUAGGGUAUUUAUAUAUUGUGUACACAAGUUUUAAUAUUGAUACAACGGAUGUGUGUUGUCCUAUUAAAUGGUAGAGAAGUGCCAUAAA